UCUUGAGGCUUUGACUGCUCUUUUGUGACCAUCUCUGCUGCUCUUCCUGCCUGCUCAGUUUCUGUGCCAUGACUCAACAUUAGUCCUGUAGCUUUCUGUGUAUCCGUGCUGUUCUUUAUCCUAAACUGAACGUCAGAACAGCUCUGCCUCAUUUGUCAUUGAGGCUAUUAGGGCUGGCCUGGUGCCUGGUCCAGCAAAGGUGGAGGAAAGCAAGAUGAGACCUAAGAUUUGUCAGAGAAACAAGUGCGCUAUUAAUGCUAGCGAGGAUGUCGUGUUGAAAUAGCAGAAGGAUGAGCGUCUCGUAGCUAUAGGAAGCUGUGCCUGGCUUGAACUGGAAAGGUGAGAUAGCAAGAUAUCCAGCUGAAAACAGGAUGGGUACAAGUGUCAUGAGAGGCUGACAAGACACUCCCACCAUUUGUAUUUCAAAAGGUAAAACCCGACAGGAUGAAAAUACAUACUAAUCCAGGGUGUGAGAGAUUGCUUUGAUUGAAACUUAAGAAAGAAAUAAGUCUGCUGGUCAGAGGAAGAUUUUUUGUGAGCUACUUGAAGCGCCCUGCUUUGCUGCUCUGUUGUGGGGGGGGGGGGGGGGGGGGCGGCAGGUGGAAAAGAGGUGUGUUUGUGCUGAAUGCCUACAGUGAGAAGAAAUUACCAGGCUUUGUAACUGCUGCAUAAGCACAGGCUGGGAGGGAAGGCUUAGGGCAGGGGUGUGCUUUCCCAGCCUGCUGAAGCUGCAUGCUCCGUGCUGUGCUGGCGACGAACCCCGCGGGGUACGCUACCUUCAUGCUGCUGCGGUUCGGCAGCUCCUGCAGGAGAGCCGGCUCAUGUCCGCUCCCGCCUGGAUGCGAGCAAGACGCGGCCGUGGCCGUGCCUGUUAUCUUUGGGACGCAAGAUGAGCAAUGCUGUGGGUGCGUGGGGCUCAGCUCCCGUGCCCGCAGGACAAAGGGAUGCUCCGUGCGUGCCUUGUGGCUGCCUUGCUCUGCGAGCAACACCCCGCUGACCACCGAAACCAAGGCCUGAGCGGACCUGGGGGGGACACAGCCCUGACCCCAACCAGCCCUUACUGCGGCUGAGGGUCUGGGGACGAGCACAGGGCCCCUUCCCCGGGGCCAGCCGCCGUCCCUCCGCCCCGCCAGCGGGCGCCCCUCGGCCGCCGCCGCCGCUUUCUCUUCCCAGGCACAGAGCGUGGCCCAGCAGCCACGGCGGCGGCCGAGCCGCUUCCCACAGGUCAGGUGUCCUCCCAGCAGGCUCCUCAGCCCAUCGGUCCCGUCUGUCACAUCAGGAUUCCUCCUCCCUUACCCCGACUGAUGCUGUUCGCCCUGCCCCUGCGAGUAGCCUGCAGCCUGUUUGCCUGGCUGUCCCUCUACGCUUGGUUCUGCCAUCGCUACAAGCACCGGAGUUACGAAUGGAGCUGCAGGCUGGUCACGCUGACCCACGGCAUCCUCGCUACCUGUCUUUCUGCUUACAUUGGCUUCAUCGACGGCCCCUGGCCUUUGAGUCACCCAGGAUCACCAAACACAACUCUUCAGGUACACGGGCUGUGCCUUAGCUUGGGCUACUUCCUCUUCGACCUCUGUUGGUGCGUGUACUUCCAGACAGAGGGUGCCCUGAUGCUGGCCCACCACCUGGUGAGCAUCCUGGGCAUCACAGCAUCCCUGGCACUCGGGGAGUCGGCCGCAGAGGUCAACGCUGUCAUCUUCGGCAGCGAGAUCACGAACCCGCUGCUGCAAGCCCGCUGGUUCCUGAAGGAGACGGGGUGUUACCACAGCCUCACAGGCGACGUGGUGGACUUCUUCUUCGUGGUCCUCUUCACCGGGGUGCGGAUCGGAGUGGGGGCCUGGCUGAUGUACUGUGAGCUCGCCUCUCCCAAGCCCAGGUGGUACAUCAAGCUGGGUGGCGUCAUCAUGUACGCUGUCUCCUGGGUCUUCAUGGUCAGCAUCUGUCGCUUCGCUAGGAGGAAGAGCAUGAAGAAGUACCACGCUUGGAGGAGUCGGAGGAGUGAGGAGCUGUACUUGAAAACGAACGGACAUCUGAAAAACCACUGACUGGAUGCUGAGUAAAAACUUCCUCGAGUUCACAGUCUGGCAGGAAGGGGAUCAUGCCUGAGAUGCCACUGUCGGGAGAGGAGCCAACACACGUUAGCAGUUCUGGAGCCAAAUUUAUCCCUGGCAUAACUCCAUUGAAAUCCAUGGAGCUGUGCCAUGGAUUCAUCGGAUCUGCAGUGUUUGGCCUGGCAGAGGCUAGCUCGGUGUGUAUGUAAGCAUACGCUAACUGAUAGGAGUGAAAGAAGGGCUAAUUUUACUGACUAACCAUAACUGGUCCAGCAGUGCAGGUGUAAAUAGCAGUGUUAGCAGCGAACUCCUUCAGCAUUGCUAUGAUCUUGGAAGAGAGGAGAAAAUAACACUAGAUGUUGAUGUUCAGUGUCCUGUACAGUCUAGACAGCUGGAGUGACUACGUACUGCUAGGAAGGAGUACGUUUUAGUGUUUUGUGGGAGCUGGGAUUCCUGGCUCUUCCACCAACUUGUUACGUGACCUUGGGCAAGUCACUUAACUCUCUAACUCCGUGCCUAAUUUCCCCAUUUGUGAACUGGGGGUGAUGGAGCCGAUCCAUCUGUGUUAUGCACUUUCAGAUCUUCCCUUGAGAGGUGCUAUAUAAACACAAAAUGGUGGUCGUUAUCUGCACUUUGUUCAUUAUCCCCACGUUUCCUUUGGGAGAAGUGGUUCUGGUGGUUGAGCUGCAGCGUGACUCUAGGAAGAACAGUAUUUUAAGUAGGCCACUUUUUCCUACCCUAAUUCCUUUCAAUAACUUAUUUAAUAACGUAUUGGUAACUUAUUUUUCAGUAGUGUCCAGAGGCUCUGGUCAGCACUGGCACCUUGCAGGACUCGGUGCUCCACGAACACACCCAAAGAUGCAGCCCCUGAUGGGAAGCGCUGUUGUGACGUUUUUCCUCCUCUUCACUCCUGACUGUUAAAGCUCUGCCCACGCUCUCUAAAUACUGCUCCUAGCUCCGUGAGUGACCAACACUCGCCUUUAUGAGAAGCCCCAUCAGGACUUGUCAGUAAGUGGUUUUCUGACCUCCAACGUGGGCCCAGCACUGCUGUGUCUGCAGAACGGCAAACUUCCCUCAGCUUUAUUUAUUGGCCCAAAUGCAGGCAUAGCGUGGAGCAAGCCUCAGACCCCAUGGCUCGUCCUGAGACUGUCAAAUACCUUCCCCAAGCUGCAACUUCUGAAAACGAGGGCAGUAAAUGUAGGGUGCGUUUGCAGAUCACUGCAGAAUAAUCUGUACUUGCCGUUUCCGGCAGCCAAAAGGGAACAGGGUGCAGAACCCGACUGGUAGUAAAGGCUUUAUAUUUCUGUUGCUCUUGAAGGUGUCCUUCCAGAUUCCUGUCACUGUGUCUGAACCCAGAGUCUGUCCCAGCAUUUAAAGACAAUGGAGGACUGUGGGUGGAAGCA